CUCCUACCUAGUGGUGCAGCGGUGUGUAGCAUCCUUAACGCUUUAUCGUUUUUUCUAUCUUAAUGGCUAAUGCAAUGCCUAUUCACAAAAAAAAAAAAAAAAAAAAAAAAAAAAAAAAAAAUGAAAAGACCCGUCAAAAAGAACCAAAAAGAGAAAAAAAAAAGUCUCUAACCCUAACCCUCGAUUACAAUUUACAUCUCUCACUCUCAAUUCAUUUCUAUCUCAAAGUUGACGAAUUAUCACACACAAUUUCCGAUUUUGUACAUCCAAUUACCUCCUCCUGAUUUGAGGAAACAGAUAUGAAGAGUAAGAGAAUAGGAUUGCGCGCAUAUUGAACAUUUUUUCCGACAACAACCGCGAAUUUGGAUCUUCCCGAAAUUUUAAGGGGGGGUUUGAAGAGAUGCCUUUAUCAAAGCAAUAUCGUUGCAUUCAUUCAGCAAGUUGUGCUUGUACUAAAGGGCAUUUAACGGAAGAUGUGAUCCUCCUUGUUUUCCAACAGUUGAAUUGGAACCCGAAGUUGAUUGCGGCUUUCUCUUGUGCUUGCAAAUGGUUUGAUGAUUUUGCAAAGAGGGUGUUGUGGAAAGAGUUUUGUAGAACGAGAGCGCCAAAGAUGAUGAUUGAUCUGGCGUCUAGUGGUAGUCAUAGUGUUGAUGGGAGCUGGAGGGCACUUGGCAAAUUGCUUAUCUAUUGUUCGGGGUGUACCAAAGGCGGCUUGUUUAAUAACAUUCAUAUCUCUGGUCAUUUUGUGUACAGAACCCGGUUCUCCAGAACAUCGGGGAAAAGUUUUCUUUUGCCACAAUGCAGAUCGGAUGUUUUGUAUGUCUCGGAUCCUUGUGAGCAUCUUGACCAAGGGGAAGAUGGGGACGUUGGGUUUUUUCGUGGCAUUUUUAAGUCCUUUUCAAUGUCCAAGGUUCGUAAGUUGCUGAUCAAAAGAAAUGCACAACUUCACCCAACAGAGGCAUGCCCUUAUUGUAAGGCCAAACUGUGGAGUAUGCAGGAAGCAAAAAUGAUACCGCAGAGUGCCAGUUGUAGGCUGGGAGCUUAUGAAGAUUGCAUUGAGUACUAUGUUUGCCUUAACGGUCACAUGCUUGGGGUCUGCACUCUUUUGCCCUUGUCUGAAUCUGAGGAAGCAUCUGAAUUAGAGUAACGGUUAAUGACAUACAGGCACAUGACAUUGCUCGAAUCCUGAGUUUGUUGGAGACUUGGAAGGAGCUGCUAUGCUCAUUCUAGGUUGCAAAACCGAGGAAUGCUUUAAGACAUCUUGGAUCUGCGUAUCACGGCAAUAACUUUGGGGACAGACACAGGAAAGGAGAUCCUCCUGCCAAUUUACCGGUUCAUUUAUAACUGACAGAAAGAAAAGCCUUCCAUCAUAAGAAUAGUGUAUGAAAUUUGUUUGUACAUUGUAUGGCCCAUAAUGUAUCUCAGAUGCCGCAGAUAUUACCAUCUGCAUCACUUCUAAUUCAGUAUUUUUCUUUGUAUUCAUAGCUGUGUGAAUCUUAUUUGAAGAAUCAUUGACGUCGUCAUUACAUCAUAAAAUUGCCUCCUGUUGUAAGCAAUUCAGUUUACAUUUGUACUUUCA